GGCACUUCCAGAAGCUGGAACGCUUAAAGAAUAGGAGCGCCACUGAAACGGGAGAACAGGGCAGCCAGGGGGGGGGGGGCGCUGAGGGUUGCAAAGUACAGAAUAACUUUCAGAGGAAAUAAAGCCUGCAGGAGGAGGGGGGCUUGUUCUGCAUGGCCAUGGUCUUGGGGGAUGGAAAACUGACGGACAGGAGGGUACAAGGUCGCACUUCCAGGCUUCUCUUUCUCCUGCAGGAUGGGACUUGGGCAGCGGAGAAAGUGAUCCAAAUUCCGAGCAAAAGAGUAACGGGAUGGCACCUCCCUGAAAUGCCAGCCUUCAUCACGGGCGUUCUGAUUUCAAUGGACGACAGGUACCCGUACCUGAGCAACUGGCUUCAUGGCGACCUGCGGCAGUACGACAUCACGGACCCUCACAGCCCUGUACUGGUGGGCCAGGUGUUUGUGGGAGGCAGCAUCGUAAAAGGCGGGUGGGUUACCAUCCUUGAGGAUCAAGAACUGGACAGCCAGCCCGACCCCUUCGUGAUCCAGGGAAAGAGGGUCUACGGGGGACCCCAGAUGAUUCCGCUCAGCUUGGAUGGCAGGCGGCUAUACGUGACCACCUCACUGUAUACGCCCUGGGACAAGCAGUUUUACCCCCAGCUGGUCAGGGAAGGCUCAGUCAUGCUGCAGGUGGAUGCGGACACCACGAAAGGGGGCCUGUCCGUGAACCCGGACUUCCUGGUGGAUUUUGGGAAGGAGCCGUAUGGUCCUGCUCGGGCUCACGAGAUGCGCUACCCAGGGGGAGACUGCACCUCAGACAUCUGGGUCUAG